GGAUGAUUUAACAUGAUUAACUACCUACCUUACUGGUACAGAGAGACAUUGAAUUUAGCGUCGUGCCAAGACGUCAACCUGGAAGCUCGAAGGGCUGUCGAACGCAUUCACAUUUGGAUGCACGUUCAUGCUCCGUCUUUCAAUUCAACCCAUUGAACAUACUCACGAUGCGCCGCACAUUCCGCCAGCUGGCGGCCGUCAAGCCUUCAGCAUAUCUCGAACCUAACACACCUACUGGUCUCACAGGCCUCAAUACCCACCCAUCUCCGCGAUCCGCCCUCCUCUACCUCUACUCGCGAACUCUGGACAAGCUCGGCGAAUUCCCCGAGAGCUCUUUAUAUCGCCAGUCCGCAGAAGCUGUCACGAAGCACCGCUUGAGCAUUGUGAAAUCUGUUGUGCCAGAGGGACUGGAGGCAUGGAGGGAAUCUGCGAAAAAGAUCGUAGAAGCACACCCCGAGUCCUUCGUUGCGGAGGAUAACGUUGAUGGGAAGGUGGUUAGUUUGAUUGGCAAAAUGACCAAGGAGAAGCAUGGAGGGAGCGUUUUUGUCACUUCGAAGCCAGAGGCUGUGCCCGGGGCCGAUGAUGAGUGGGACGGAGAGGCUGCGAUUAAGGGUGGCGUGGAGAUGGGCGCAUACAUGAAGUAUGAGACUGGAGGACAGAAGAUUACCUUGCCAGAGGAGCCCAUAUUGACUGCAGAGCAGUAAGUUGUUUACUUCAAUUGGAGUCUUGCAACGUUUCACUCGGAACAAUGCUAACUACGGCCAGAGUUGGAGAAGUGGAAAACAGAAUCGGUGCAGGUCUUAUUGAGGAGGUUAUCCAGGUUGCCGCAGGAGAGCUCAAACUCGCGCAUGUGUUACUGGAAAGCAAAGCGUAAGUCGGCUACGAUUUUAUUUUCGUCUUGGGAGGAAGCAUAUGUCUAGGCACCGAGAUCACUCAGAACCCGGGGGAUUGAACAAGAAGGAUUGAACAAUUUCCAUUUCUUGGGAUUUGGGUUGGUGUUUCAAUCGCACGGAAUACUCUUCUUUGGCCAUAUCUGAGCCUCAAAUACUGUUAUUUGAAGAACCCUGCUAAUCAAUUACUUCGCAGAUGGGAAGACUUGGUAGAGAAGCCCGCAGAGGGACAAUGGGAUUACUUCAAGCGCAAUUCGGUGUCGCCACAGAAUUAG